AUUUUACCAGAAAUCACAGACAUUAGAACCAGAGACAGGAUUUUGUCCACAUAUUUCCGUGCAAAUAAUAAUAAGAAUAAAAUAUGAAAAAAAGAACCGAUUAAAAAAAAUUCUAAAUUCACGGGUGUGUUCAGCGUCAGCCAAUCUAUUAAACUGUCAGCUGUUUUUAUGACGAUAUAUUGUAGUUGUGUUUGGUACUUUGGUUGGAAUUGGAACAGAUUUCGUUGUUUAGCCAUACUUAUCAACUACCAAUCACUAGCUGCUGGCAUAUUACUGUAGCAACAUUAACGAGUUAGAGAUUAACGUGACAAAUCGCCUAUUUUUCUUAUCGUAUCCAAAUCUAGCAUAACCUCUAGCAAAAACAUAGAAAAUCGCUUCCAAAAUGCAAGUAGCACGUGUGAUUGUUUUUGAUAUACGAAAUGCAGAGGCCAACAACCCAAAUUUCAUUUUCUCAGCCGAAGCUUUGCAUGAAGUAUCACUUCUUGCUCAUGCUGGAACUUGUUCCAACUUUGCUUUUAUAAGUUUGGUGCUUGUGGGAGUAAAAGGUUUUGAAAUCUUAUUAGACACACACCCUUUAGUUGAACUUGAUUCUUCUUUGAAGCGUGCCUUUGGGAAGUUGAAGCAACUACUGAAAAUAUCAAAUGAAAAUGCAAUCUACUCUGCCAGGAAACCAUUAGAAAUCAUCUUAAAUGAUUUAGUAUUACAGUUCGAGCAAAAAUGUGAGUAUUGCAUUGCAUCCACCCAACUGGAAAUUGUAGUUGUAACGGCAACAGAUGGAGAGAAAAUUCAAAAAGAAUUAGAUGCAUUCCUUUUUAAUACCAAUUGCCGAGAGUUCAACCAAGUUGUGGUGCUUCAUGUAGCCCCCUCCGAGCUGUUGAUGCAGAAUCAAAUGGAUCAAGUAUCACGCAGUAAAAUAGUUUGGCGGAUGUCGGAAGAGGAGAGAGACGCCGAAAUAUUUUUCAAGUCUUGGUUGAGUCGUAAGAGGAAAAAUUGGAAUCUUGAAAUGCGUUCCGAUGGACAAUGCGAGUGGACUUCCAGGAUUGACAUAGAGGACCUUAUCUUCGAUGUAAAAGGAUGGCCGUAUCGAAUUUCUGCCAAUUUCAACGAGACCAAUGGAAUAGGAAUCUUUGACGAUGGGAAUAUGAAAACCUUGGAGAUCAUCAAGUGGGUGAGGAAUGACGGUGUUCCUGCUUGGUUGAUCCAUGGAAUGCCCAGACGUCUUUUACCGGCAAGCGACCUGUCUCACGACGAUAUCGUUUUCAAAAUCAAUAACGAACAAUUCUUUUCCCUGUCUCGUUGGUUGGCUAGAGAAGCUCUGGUAGCUAUUGUCAAGUUGGAAUCCUGCCAGCAAGCCAUUGAUUACUUUAUUCUCACUCCAGGAUCCGACGGAAGUUUGCUCAUGCGUAGCAUCGCUCCACGUGAAUUAAUACUACCACCUUCGACGUGUCCCCCUGUUACCGACGACCAAGAUGAUGAUGCUGAGUUAUUCACUGAAAAAGAAAUCUGCUUUGAAGAAAUCCAAUCUGCCUUCCUCCAGCUUCCUGCUCAUACGUUUUCCAGAUCAGAGAAGUCUAGCGUCAUGGAAGCUGUCGAAUUUCACACUGUUACCGAUAUCCAGUAUACCGGAACUAAAUCAAAACCGACCCUUAACCGUCCUCGCAAAGCUCGUCGCUAAAUGUGUGUGACCGAAGCAACUCCGCUCAUUCCAGAUCUUCAUACAAAAACGUAAAACUGUAUUUUUUAAGUUAAAUACAUUGAAUACUC